AUGCCGCGCUCAUUCUGGACCCAUACAAUUGUUCAAAUGAGCCACAACCAACCUGCAAUCCGAUACGCAGCUGUGUCGAUCAGCUCCCUAUUUGAAGAUUUCCAGAAUAUCAGCGCAAAUGACCAAUCAGCAAACAGACUCGCCAUUUCUCGUUACAACAUUGCUAUUCGACACAUUGCAACAUCUAAUGAUGGAUGUCUUGACACCGCGAUCAUAGCUUCCAUUCUGUUUAUGAGUAUUGAGCUUCUACGGGGUUGUCCAACGGAAGCGAUGAUUCACUAUAAACACGGUAGGAGAAUCUUGGCCUCGUAUAAUGCCUCUCCCGUGCUAUUGAAUAUCUUCCAUCAUUUAAAUGUCUUUGCGCUCUAUUUGUCCGAUUCAUUACGCCUACCACUGUUGAGCCUGGCUGACCUUUCACCCCCUCCUCCAUUCGUCACUCUGAUCCAAGCCCAAGAGACACUUGAUUGGCUUACAUAUCGGUCCAUGAAAGUUGCGUUUGCGCUAGAUCAGAGCGCCGCAGAUCCAUUAGAUCAGGAAGCAUUUCUUCAGGCUCAGUUGAUGAAAUCUGCAUUGGAUACGGACUUGGAUGCCUGGUCGCACGAUGCAGGUUUAUUGACAUCCUCUGACUCUGUCCAAGGAACAACCACAUACCAAAUGCUGCAGGUUCGAUGGUUGGUCUGCAAAAUCUGGACAGAUGCUGACCUUUACGAAAACGCGACCGAUAUAACCGACGAAAUGUUCCGAUUCUCAUCGAACAUUACUUUCGGGGUGCCUGGGGUCAAUACUUCGAAGCUUGGAGAAUUCCUUUCCAGUACAGAAAUUUCUCCGAUUCUGUAUUAUAUGCUCAUGAAAUGCAACAAGCUCCAGAUCCGACUGGCAGCAUUGGCACUGUUUCGAAAAAAGUGCCGUUCGAGGGACAUUUCGUGGGAUUACAAAAUGCUAUACCUUGAAGCUAAACGGGCAAUCGAGAAGGAUCACGGGGUUCUGAUAGACUUGGAAUGGAAAGAGGCCGAGGAACUAGAAAAUCUGAUCGGUGUCAGGGAUCCCAACUCGCCGAUUUGCCGGGGGUUCCAGUUUAUGUGCCCUUGGCCUAUUGUGCUAAUGGAUGUUUGUGAGAGAGUACACCAAUCUUCUCAAUAG